AUGUGCUCGCCUCAGACCCCCUGCUCACUCACCGAUACUACGAAGGAAAUCGUCGUAGCAGCCGACGCAUCAGAUCACCGCGUCAAUCCAGUGAUUAGUCAGCUCUUCGAAACGCUCGUCAUCACGUCCGUCUUGCGAAAGUUGCGCCUCAACAUUUACGGACGUCUGUUCAAGCUGCUAACAGAUCGGAAGCCACUGCUUGCCGUCUUUGGAAGAAAAAAGUGCCGGUGUACACGGCCAAUCGACAUCUGGGCUUAUAUGGUGAUGAAUUAUCACUGGACCACCGAGUGCCGAAGCAUUACCAAUUUUGGACGAUUGGACACCUUAGAUUGCCACAUCGCGAAGAGCAUGGCAACUCAGGAAAGUUCAGGUGAAUGCAGCCAUCGAAAAGAAUUCUUUUGCUGCAUAGAUCCAGGCCUUGUCGAGACAAAUCGACUCACGAACAUUCAACUGCCUCAGAGAAUCGCUAUCAAUGCAGGAGGGAUUCCUUCGCGUCAAAAGUCGAACGGUCUUCCUGCGUGA